AUGUCGCUCAGAUCCGGACCCCUGCAUUAUGAUCAUUUCGAUGUCUCCUUUCCGCAUGAACGAGUCGUGCAGGUCACUUUAAAUCGCCCAGAGAAACUCAAUUCUAUCAACAAGGAGACAAGUUCGCAGGUUGCUAGGAUUUGGGAGCUCUUCGAUCAAGAUGAAAGUCUAUGGGUGGGAAUUAUUACGGGCAAUGGCCGAGCCUUCUGCACAGGCGCCGAUCUAGGAGAAUGGAAUAAAAUGGUCGAAGAAGGUGUAGUCAAUGAUAUGUCUCCGCCUGGUCUCGCCGGACUACCUCGACGCAGUGGAAAAAAACCGAUUAUCGCCGCCGUAAACGGGAUUUGCAUGGGCGGUGGAUUCGAAAUGGUAGCAAAUUGCGAUCUGGUCAUCGCAGCCGAGUCCGCUGUCUUUUCUCUCCCAGAAGUCAAACGAGGCAUCGUUGCUGUGGCAGGUUGCCUUCCGCGCUUAACCCGGACUAUCGGUUUGCAACGCACCAUGCAUCUCGUGUUAACGGGGCAAACGGUUCCUGCCCGUACACUUUACGAAUGGGGACUCGUCACCCAGUUAGUCGAUACGAAUGUCGCACAAGCUGCACUUCAGCUUGCAACGGAAAUAUGCAAGAAUAGUCCUGAUGCUCUGAUUGUGGGUCGGCUCGGUGUUCGGCUAAGUUGGGAGGCUGGAAGUGCUGAGGAUGCAGUGACCACUUUGGCGGAGCAGUGGUAUCCACGAUUAUAUGCCGGCGCGAACUUUGCCGAAGGAAUCCGGGCCUUUGUGGAGAAGCGGUCGCCGAAUUGGAUCAAUUCCAAGCUGUGA